AUGCCGGCGCUCCGGCUUUUGGGGCGAAAAUGGCUGGCAGCCUCAGAUGAUCUCGUAUUCCCAAGUAUAUUCGAACUUCUAUUUCGAUUCGUUUGGUUGGUACUCAUCGCUUUAGUAGUGGAAGUACUGUAUCCAGUGACAUGGCAGUGUCAGACCGAGGGCUGGACGGGUGGAGCGUUUGUGAGGCUCUAUCUUUGCGGGAAUCUGGCGUUACAAGCCAGUCUCAUGCUGCUCCUCUCGGCCCUGGCCCAGCAGUCCGCAAAAGGCACCAUCACAGACACCGACGCGCGAAAGCUGGUGUCACCUUUAUUAUUACUUAAAGUAUUUCUAGUGCUACCUGAAGUGGCGUUAAACGUGAUGGGUACUAUGUGGAUGUACUGUGACGUCAUCGAGUGUGACGUAACGGACAAAUUCUCCAGUAUUGUUGUACAAAGUAUAGUAUUAUUCAACUGGGUGCAAUUAGCACUCACAAUAUUCGGGUUGUUCAUGGUCUUCGACCCGCUGGGGUCAGUGAACUAUGAUGAGAUGCUGGACACGCCGAACCAGGCCCGGCAUCACAGGAAGGUCACGGGUCUCUGGUCCAGAAGGUUCCGGUGGGCGUUCUGUUGGUUAAAAAGAGACGAACAUGGGAAGGAGGCUUUUCAGCAAGUCGCUGCGUUACUAAGCGCCCUAUUCAGGUCGACGGACCUCGUGCCCUCAGACGUGGUCGCCGGCUGUGUCCUAUUAAGGGUAAGACAGAAGCGCGAAACGCGAGAAAUGCGACGAAUACAAAUGCUGAACGACGAAGAACCAAUAUACACUACGGAUGUGAACAAAGUGUUCUCUGAAACACCGCCUUGGAUGAAUUUAGAUCACGCGUUGCAUUAUUUAAGGCUUUCAAUUGCCGCCUACGGAUGGCCGUACGUACUUUAUCGGCAUUGUUUCACGGGAUUCUGCAAGUUGGCACGCCACUUGACCUGUUGCUGUUGUAGGCCAAAGAAUACAAUUGUGUCAGACGACAACUGCUGUCUCUGCCACUUUGCUGGAGUCAAAUACAUGUCCAAACUUUCUGCUGAUGACAUCAUUUUUGCAUCAUUCAACAACAGUGUUUUCGAACUUCCAUUCUGUGUGAUCGUGGACCAUGAACGUGAGAGUAUAGUGGUCGCUAUCCGCGGCUCGAUAUCACUCAGUGAUAUCUUCACCGACUUCACAGCCGGUUCCGAGAGGUUCGAAGCUGAUGGUUUACCUGAAGGUACUGCGGCCCACAAGGGGAUGUCUAUGGGAGCUGCGAAAAUGCUGCGACGACUAAACCCAGUUCUUGAUCGAGCUUUUCAGCAGUUUCCGCAUUAUGACCUAGUUCUUACAGGUCACAGCCUCGGCGCAGGAGUGGCCGUCUUGGUGGGGAUUAAGUUGAGGCCGAGAUAUCCGCAUUUGAAAGUGUUUGCAUUUUCUACGCCAGCGGGCUUGAUAAGUCGAGAAGCAGCGCGCUACACUGAGAGUUUUGUCCUCACGGUGGGAGUUGGAGAUGACCUGGUCAUGAGGCUGAGCGUCCAUAGUAUAGAAAACCUGCGGACCAAAGUCAUACAGACCAUACACGCAACCAAAUUACCUAAGUAUCGAAUUAUGCUGAAUGGUUUCGGGUACGCGCUCUUCGGAGUACCAGCUCGGGACCUCGAGUCCACGUGGCGAAGGCCCGAGGACCUUGAAGCGAACCAUUCCGAUGACUCCACUGACGCACUGCUGAGCCAGGGCGUCUCCACCGUGAGUGCUGAGGCGGCACUAGUGUCAAGAAACGUGUUCACGCGGCGGUUUUCCACAGCCCGUCUCUUCACGCCUGGAAGGAUAUUACAUAUAGUUCGGCGCAAGCGCAUGGGCAUUGAAAAAAAAGUGCGUAUCCAAGAACCAACGUACGAAAUGCGAUGGGCGUGCGCAGAAGACUUCAUGGAAUUGCAGGUAAUGCCGCGAAUGUUGCUGGACCACUUACCCGAAAAUGUACAUAGGACUAUCGAAACUAUAGUUAAGGAGAAACACCAUUAUCGAGUAACUGCUGUAGUUUAA